CAAACUAACACUGUCAUUUUAAAUGCCGGUAAAAUAGAUUCCUAGUAUCAAUUUGGUUGCUCUAUUCUUGUAUAGAUGUCGCUCCAUACAAAUAUUCAAACUAUUAGUAGAAAAUGAUAUUUAAUGACUAAUAUUUGUCGUAGAAUAGAAAAAUACAUAAAUAAAGUUAAUAUACAUAGAUAUAUUAAUAAUGAGACUAAUUUCUAUACACAUAAUUACAAUUUUAGUGAGUUUCAAACAAAAAAUUAUAAUGGUUGUUCUGGAGGAGUAUUGCAGUCGUUCUUUUGAUUAUUUCUUUGAGUAAUAAGUUUCUUUAAGUCUUCAGUCAGCUGUCGAGGCAACUCCAAGUCCUCGAUGCCUUCAGUCGUGUCAAAAUGGUUUCUCAGCUCCAUAAGAGCCCUGUAUCGUAGAGAGUAUAGAGGUAAGGUUACGUACACCUUGAUUCUGGUUUCGAAAUUCGGCGGCAAUGCUUUGCCCGGCAUCCUCUCUUCGAAAUAUUCUUUGGUGGUCCUGGGAAAAUACACGUACUUUCUAUCUAUGAGCAGUCUGUCUUCUGUGGAUGUAUCCAGGGCUAUCCAAGGAUGCUGUUUAUACGUGUUUAUGUCUAUGUAAUUCCCUUUGGCGAGAUAGUUGUAGGUUACGUACUGCCCCGAAAAUCCCACCCAAACGAUCCGCACUGUCCUUUCCGUGGCGUUUAUGAACCUCACGAAGGCCCUUUCUUCGUUUCGUAGCGACCGCAACUCAUUAUUCAUUUCGCGCCUGAAUUCAAAUCUAGUCUGUUCGGGUGCUAGUAGGUGGCGCUGGUAGUUUCUGUCACUUAAUAAUCGUAAACAUGGCAGUUUGUGUGGCUAUUAUCGGAAAAGACAAUUCGCCUAAAUUUUUCGCCUGCCUUAACCCGGAUGAGGAACUGAGCUUUCAAUACAAGGUUUUGUCGUCUUUGGAUGUUGUUGAGGAAAAAUUAUCAGCAGGAAAUAAGGCAGGGUCGGAUUUGAGGGAGUUGUAUCUGGGAAUGCUGUACUCCCUUGAAACUCACAAAAUUUAUGGAUAUGUUACAAAUACAAAAAUUAAAUUUAUCAUCAUAGUUGAUUCUACCAACAUGGUUUUGAGGGAUAAUGAAAUCAGAUCUAUGUUUAGAAAAAUACAUUCCGAGUACGCUGAUAUAGUUUCUAAUCCUUUUUACACUCCUGGAGAACAAAUUUGCUCAAAGCCAUUUUUAAACAACAUCAGAAAUAUUAUGACUGGAACUGUUUAAAUCACCUUUAUGUAAAAUAUACCUACAUAUUGGGAAAAUUUAUUUAAAUAUUUAA